AUGCUUGCCGCGACGUCGUUCGGGUGGGUGGCCAAGCAGAUCGACCUGCUGACGGGCGACAAGGCUCGAAGUGCGGUGAGCAUCGAGAACAUCAAGGCAAAGGGUUUGAAGUCGCUCCGUGAUAGCAUGGUCGAGUACAUCUGCACUCGCGUCGCCGAAAAACGAUCUGCGGCGCCGACUUCAAGAGCCGUUGGAACCGCCGACAAUGCGAUUGAUGACGACGGCGCGGAAAGUCAGACGGCGCCCCAAGCAGCAGAUGCCGACCAGCACCAGUCGUCGGAUUCGAACUCAGAGUCGGAGUCGGAGGGGGAGGGGGAGGACGAGGCGGCGAAAGAGAAGGUCGAGGAGGAUCACGAAGAGGAGGAGGAGGAGGAGGAGGAGGACGAGGACGAGAACGAUGAGGUGGUGGAGGUUGAGGAAGGGAAGGAUGAGGCGAAGAACGACGAGGAGGGGGUGGAGGCCGAGGUGCAGUACGAGCUGCAGUACGAAGACAGUACGGUUGUGGCGUUGGGGUCGGCGGAUGAAAAGAAUGAGGAAGCGGAGGAUGGCGAUGCGGGUAAUGCUAUGAGGUCGGCAGAAGAUGGGGGGAAGGAGAAGGAUGAGGUCGGCGCGGAGGCAACGACGGAACAGGGCCCGGAGGAGGCGGCAUGCGAAGGUGCGAAGGUGUCGGUCGACGCCGGCGAAGGGGCGAACAUCACGGGCAUGCAGGAGACGAAGGAAGCAUCUGGUCGGCAGGGCCCUGAACAGGUCGACGUCGAGGAACUGCUGCGGGAGAACUUGCUGUUGAGGGCGGAGAACGCUCGGUUGAAAGCGUUGCUCGAUGAGGAGCAGGCUCGGCUGGACGCGUUUUUUGUUGGGCUACGUGGACUCGUCGACCACCUGAAAGAGUUGGCCGAACAGAUCGACGACACCGACAAGUUUGCGGCGCAGCAGCUGCGAAACGCGGCGGAGGCCAUGUCGCAGACCAUCACGGGCAACAUCACCGGCAGCUUCGACGAAGCGUGGAAGACGAUGAAGACAUUCGCGGAACAGGCGUCGGCGUGGUUGGAGGACUUCGACAAUCCGGAGGGUCGUGUGGCAUGUGCACGCGCUGAAGCUGUCGACGCAUUGGCCGAGCACGUGAAUGGGGUGGUGGGCGCUGCGAGGCGGGGUUUGGAGCUGUACAUCACGACGCAACUAUCCGCCGCGCAGGUCAACAUCGCCACCGCUGUGACCUCCAGGCUCCCCGUGCAGCCGCCGCCACCGCCUCAGCCCACGCCGCCCGCCCUCCCGGAAGAGCUCUUGAAGUCGUUCAAGGCCGACAUCAUGAAGACGGUGACGGAGGCCACCCAGCAGUCGUUCGUUGCUUCCGGGAUGAAGAUGUUGACCGAGAUGAUCGGCACGGUGGCGCCUGGUCGACGUGGGUCGUCGCCGUCGGCCAAUGACGCAGAUCAAGCGCAAAGGAGGGCGGCCGACAAGCAGGGCGAGAAGAGGACGGGCGACGGAGACGACAAGGAGAGCGUGAAGCGGAGCAAGGGAUCGGACGGGAGCCGCGCCACGAAGCCUCCUGCUCAGAUCGUGGUCGAACAGCUAAAGUCGAAGGCGGGGUGGAAGGUGAUAAGCACGUCGAACAGCAAGGGAAGCGGAAGCGGGAAGGCAGAGGGUGGCCCUGCCGAUGGGGUUGCCGCUAAUGUCGCUGCACCGCCUGGCCCGCCUUUGGUUGCCGAGCAGACCAAACCGCAGGCGACCUCCGGGAAAGGCGUGACCGACAAGGAGGCCCCUACUGCUCAGGCGGCAAACGACGGCGGCGCCCGAACCACCAAGGGACCGUCCGUCGCGGUGGCGGCCAAGGGCAACGCGAAGGCCGCCUCUGCCAAGUCGAUUCCCCGUAAGUCCCCAGCGGCUACCCCCGCGCCGGCCGGCAGGUCAAGCGCCAACAACGAUGGGCCGGCCAUUGCGGCCCCUCCAGCUCCAGCAGCACCAACUGCCGACAAGGGCGACGCGACGGCUGCUGCGGCUAAGCCCGAAGGUCCGUCACCUGCUAAGGUGCCCGCCGGCAGUAACGCGCUCAGGGAGAUGCUCCGCCGCAUGGAUGCGGAUCGCAGGGACGUGCAGCAGCCUCCAGUGGUCGACGCCGCCCUUGCCGAAACAGCACGUCGCUCAGUCACAUCGCAGGUUGUCGGCAAAUCGACCGGUGCCCCACCUGCCGUGCCUCUAGUCGCCGCCCCAACGCCCGCGGAACCCAAAUCCGCGUUUCUUCGCGCCCAUUUAGGCGCACGCAAAGCGGGAGCUCGACAAGUGACUCAGCCGGAACCCGGCAAAAGCGCGACGCCGACGUCGGUAAACGCGACUUCACCCACACCAGGUGCAGCUGUGGUCGAUGCUGCGGCGGAGAAAGGUGUGAGCGCGGCGCUAGCCACCGGCGGCCGAGCCGACAGGCAUGCCAACCUCGCUGCCGUUCUGGCUCAAUUUGAAGCAGCAAAACGGCCCGAGCAUGCCCCAGCACUGGCCAUCAUGGACACGGCACAUGCGGAGCCGUCGGAGACCCACGGUGGGGGUUCUGCGGAGCCGACAGCUGCAACGGCUGCUGUCGCCGAGGGAAAUGCGGGACAGAAGGGGAAGGACGGCAACGGGAAAGGGAAGGCGGUCUCGCAGAGGAGCACGCGGGCGAUGUCGGCAGGGAAUGAGAUGUCGGAAGAGAAAGGGAAGAAGCCGGCACGGAAUCAGGACAAGACGGGCGGCGAACAUAAGCCGGCGAAGAGGAAGGCGAAGGCGGAAGAGGAGGAGGAGGAGGAGGAGGAGGAGGAGGGGGAGGAGGAGGAAGGGCAUGGACGCCGGGGUCAUGGCAUCCGCCGAGACAGGUCUGGCGACGGGCUUGGGUGGGUGGGCGAGAUCAAGAUUAAGGGCCAGAAUCGGUACAUCGGCAAGUCGCGCGAUAAGAUGGAGCUGGCCUACGAGCACGCGAUUGCGUACUUGCUCUACAACGGCUACGUGAGCAAGGUGCUGACGAAGGAGCUCACCGUCUUGAAGCCGGGGCAGUUGGAUGAAUGGAAGGCGGUAUGGGAGGAGCUCAGGUUCCUGUCGACCGGGAUGUGGACGGUGAUGUGGGCCAGAGGCUUGUGCCAUCCGAGAGCAAGGUUCGACGAUAUACUCGGCAGGUACCGUGGGUACGCGAGCUCGGGUGAUGCGCUUCAUGACGUGCUCUGGCCGGCGAUAUGGUUCCCCAUCAUCGAAGACACGGAGGCAGGCAAGGCGGAGACAACCGCUCUCUUGUCGGCGAUGGUAAAUCGCGUGUCGAUGUGCGCGGCGUAUGGGAAGGUUGCGGCGAGCGUGGCGUUUGGGAAGGUCGACACGAGCACGGAGGGGAAGGCGGGUGAGAACGCGGAGAUGGAAGGCGCGGGGGGUAAGGCGGACGAGAAGACGGAGAUGGGGGCCCAGGCGUUAGCGGCAUCUGCAUGCGCCCUCUGGUGCUACAUGUCGACGGGUGCGUCGGUGCUCGGUGCUGUGGGCGAAGGGAAGGCGGCCGCGAUGGUGGCAGGUGCAGGGGAGGAGAGGGCCGAGCGCUUCAAGAAGGUCGACGCAAUCACGGAGAGGAAGGUGGGUGAGAACGCGGAGAUGGAAGGCGCGGAGGGUAAGGCGGACGAGAAGACGGAGAUGGGGGCCCAGGCGUUAGCGGCAUCUGCAUGCGCCCUCUGGUGCUACAUGUCGACGGGUGCGUCGGUGCUCGGUGCUGUGGGCGAAGGGAAGGCGGCCGCGAUGGUGGCAGGUGCAGGGGAGGAGAGGGCCGAGCGCUUCAAAAAGGUCAUGCACUUGGUUUUCGACUUUGCAAAAAGUCGGAAGGCUCCCGCGGGGGAGGUUGCACAUAACGUCGCGCCAGAGCUGCAGCGCUAUGGAGUGGCCAGGGCCUUCGAGGCGGGAAUUGAGGAAGUCGAGGCCGACAUGAUCGCAAGAGCGACGGUCGAGACCUUGGCGUUCUGGGGAAUGUGCCCCGUCGCCGGGCCCAAGCUCAAAGCGGAGGGCAUCGAUGUGCCGUGUGACGCGAAGAUGGAGUACGAUCUGGAGCACAGGGGGAGGAAGGGUGAGAAGGUCAAGCAGGGCAAGGGCAGCAAGAGGAAGAAGACGAAGGCGGAGAAGCAGGCGAAGGACAGUACGGAUGCGUAG